CCAAUCCGCAGCACUUUCGGCCCAGCGGAGCCGGCGCUUGUGUGACCGGUGGUGGCCGAGGGGGACCCUAGCGAGAGCGCCCGGGGACCUGCGCGGCUCGGGAACGCGCCCUGUCGCUAUUGUCUCAGGGCCGCACGGGAUCGCGCCGCCUGGACGGCGAUUCCCCUCCUCUUCCUCCGGGAGGGAAGGAUCCAAGAGCGCCAAGCCGGGCUGGCUGGAGGAGGUGGCCGCGGAGGCGGAGGGAGGAGCGUUACUCCCCGGUCGCGGCUGUUUCUCCUCCGGCGGAGGCUGGGCUGCCACUGCCGCUGGCUUCAAAGAGGCGGCGGGUCCCGGGUUCCUGGACAUGGAGGGGAGAUCCGCAUGCAGGGACUCCGGGAUCUCCUCUCCCGCUCCUCGGGCUACCGCGUAGACACCUGAGUAGACCGACGCCUGGAGGGGGAAGGGAAGGACAGAAAAUUAAGGUUAGAAGUGAACUCUGAUCCAUCUCCUGUUCUCUGUCCGCCUGUGGAUGAGAGUGAGCAGAGAAGUGUGUGAGGAACCUUUUCGAUCUGCUGGAAGUACGAACCACACAACAUACAGCCAGGGAUCUGCCUGGCUUUUAUUUGGGAUUUGUGAGUGGGGGGCAACUCUCACUCUGCAGAAAAGCCGACUUUGUAAGUGACAAGGUAUCAUGUAUGCUGCUGGCUCCAGGGGACACUCCCCUGCUUUCCUGCAACCGCAAAACGGAAACAGCCAUCGCUCACCUGGUUACGUUCCUGGGAAGGUGGUUCCCUUGCGUCCUCCUCCUCCUCCAAAGAACCAGGCUUCAGCCAAAUUGACCUCCACCAACCAAGAAGCCCUAGCAACUUUUGCUUUCUCCCCGGAGGAGCAGCAAACGCCUAGGGAGAACCGAAAGCAAAAGAGACACAAGAACACCUUCAUCUGCUUUGCUAUAACCAGCUUCUCGUUUUUUGUGGCGCUUGCAGUCAUUUUGGGAAUAUCCUCAAAAUAUGCUCCGGAUGAGAACUGUCCAGAUCAAAACCCUCGUCUCAGGAACUGGGAUCCAGGACAAGAUUCUGGAAAACACAUUGUUAUCAAGGAGGGAGAUAUGUUCCGCCUGACCUCAGAUGCUACAGUGAAUUCUAUAGUCAUUCAGAAUGGAGGACUGCUUGUAUUUGGGGAUGAUAAAGAUGGAUCCAGAAAUAUUACCUUGAGGACUCAUUACAUCCUGAUCCAGGAUGGUGGGGCGCUUCAUAUUGGAGCAGAAAAAUGCCGCUAUAGAUCCAAAGCAAUGAUUACCUUGUAUGGCAAGUCAGAUGAAGGUGAAAGUAUGCCAACAUUUGGCAAAAAGUUUAUUGGCGUAGAGGCUGGUGGGACGCUGGAGUUACACGGGGCACGGAGGACAUCAUGGACCAUGCUGGCAAGGACUCUGCAUUCCUCAGGCUUGCCCUUUGGUUCCUAUGCCUUUGAAAAGGACUUUUCCCGGGGCCUUAAUGUGAGGGUCAUUGACCAAGACACAGCCAGAGUUUUGGAAUCUGAGAAGUUUGAUACCCAUGAGUACCACAAUGAGAGCAGGAGACUGCAGGAAUUUUUGAGAGCUCAGGAUCCCGGCCGGAUUGUAGCUAUUGCCGUUGGAGAUUCUGCAGUCAAGAGCCUGUUACAAGGAACAAUCCAGAUGAUCCACGACCGGUUGGGAAGUAAGCUGAUCCACGGGCUGGGCUACAGGCAAGCUUGGGCUUUAGUUGGUGUCAUUGAUGGUGGAAGUUCUUCCUGCAACGAAUCUGUGAGAAACUAUGAAAACCACAGCACUGGUGGGAAGGCCUUGGCUCAAGGAGAAUUCUACACCUUGGAUGGUCAGAAGUUCUCCGUGACAGCCUAUAGUGAAUGGAUUGAAGGAAUCUCUCUUUCAGGUUUCCGGGUAGAGAUUGCAGAUGGAGCAAAGCUUCACCUAUUGGAUGAUGUUGGUAGCUGGGAAGCCGGAGACCGAAUUGUGGUUGCCAGCACCGACUAUUCCAUGUACCAAGCAGAGGAGUUCACUCUUCUCCCAUGCCCUGAGUGCAGCCGUUUUCAGGUCAAAGUUAAAGAGACCCCCCAGUACCUGCAUGUUGGUGAGAUCAUAGACGGGAUAGACAUGAGAGCAGAGGUUGGAAUUCUCACCCGGAAUAUUGUGAUCCAAGGAGAAAUGGAGGACUCAUGCUAUGCUGAUAAUCAAUGCCAGUUCUUCGAUUAUGACACCUUUGGAGGACAUGUGAUGAUAGAGAAGAAUUUUACUGCAGUCCAUCUUUCUUAUGUGGAACUGAAACACAUGGGCCAGCAGCACCUGGGACGCUAUCCUGUGCAUUUUCAUCUGUGUGGAGACGUGGAUUCUAAAGGAGGGUACAGCCAGCCAGCGUCUGUGGUUGGCCUGUCUAUUCAUCAUAGUUUUUCAAGGUGCAUCACUGUGCAUGGGACCAAUGGCUUGCUAAUCAAAGACACCAUUGGAUUCGAUGCACUAGGUCAUUGCUUCUUUUUGGAAGAUGGUGUUGAACAGAGAAAUAUUUUGUUUCACAACCUGGGGCUUCUUACCAAGCCAGGAACUCUCCUCCCCACGGACAGGAACAGUUCCAUGUGUACCAUCAUGCGUGACGGGGUGUUUGGAAACUACGUUCCUGUGCCUACCACAGACUGUAUGGCUGUUUCAACUUUCUGGAUUGCCCAUCCCAACAACCAUCUGAUCAAUAAUGCAGCUGCAGGCUCCCAGGAUGCUGGGAUAUGGUAUUUAUUCCACAAAGAACCCACUGGGGAAUCCAGUGGAAUGCAGCUCCUGGAGAAACCGGAACUCACUCCACUGGGAAUAUUUUAUAACAACAGGGUUCAUUCAAAUUUUAAGGCUGGUUUAUUUGUAGACAAAGGUGUCAAAACAACCAACUCCAGUGCUGCCGACCCAAGGGAAUACCUGUGCUUGGAUAACAGUGCAAGGUUCCGGCCUCAUCAGGAUGCAGACCCUGACAAGCCACGUGUUGCUGCUGUCAUUGACAGGCUAAUUGCUUUUAAAAACAAUGAUAACGGUGCCUGGGUCAGAGGAGGAGACAUUAUUGUUCAGAACUCAGCAUUUGCAGAUAAUGGAAAGGGAUUGACAUUUGCCAGUGAUGGGAGCUUCCCAAGUGAUGAAGGUUCGAGCCAGGAGGUGUCGGAAUCCCUCUUUGUUGGUGAGAGUAGGAAUUAUGGAUUUCAAGGUGGCCAGAACAAGUAUAUGGGUACAGGAGGAAUAGACCAGAAGCCUCGUACACUACCCAGGAACAGGACAUUCCCAAUUCGAGGCUUUCAGAUUUAUGAUGGGCCUAUUCAUCUCACAAGGAGCACUUUCAAAAAGUAUGUGCCAACUCCAGACAGGUACAGCAGUGCAAUUGGCUUCCUCAUGAAGAAUUCCUGGCAGACCACACCCAGGAAUAAUGUUUCCCUUGUGAAGUUUGGUCCACAGGUUUCUCUGAAUGUCUUCUUUGGAAAGCCUGGCCCCUGGUUUGAGGAUUGUGAGCUGGAUGGCGAUAAGAACUCCAUUUUCCAUGACAUUGAUGGCUCCGUGACAGGAUACAAGGAUGCCUAUGUGGGAAGGAUGGACAACUACCUGAUCCGCCAUCCAAACUGUGUCAACGUCACUAAGUGGAAUGCAGUGGUCUGCAGUGGGACCUAUGCCCAGGUGUACGUUCAGACAUGGAACACUCCGAAUCUUAGCAUGAUCAUCACACGAGAUGAAUACCCAUCCCACCCAAUGGUGCUUCGGGGUAUCAACCAGAGGGCCAUUUCCCCCCAGUACCAGCCUGUUGUCAUGCUGGAGAAGGGCUACACCAUCCACUGGAACGGUCCGGCGCCACGCACCACUUUCUUGUACCUCGUGAACUUCAACAAGGAUGACUGGAUCCGAGUUGGCCUCUGUUACCCAGCCAACACAAGCUUUCAGGUUACCUUCGGCUUCCUGCAGCGGCAGAAUGGCUCCUUAUCCAGAAUUGAAGAGUAUGAGCCCGCACAGUCGAUGGAAGAGCUACAGAAGAAACCGUCUGCAAGAAAAUUCUAUUUUGACUCUGGCACAGGGUUAUUGUUUCUGUAUCUCAGAGCCCAUAGCCACAGAGAUGGUCACAGUUACUGUUCAUCUCAGGGAUGUGAAAGAGUCAAGAUUCAGGCAGCAACAGACUCCAAAGACAUCAGUAACUGCAUGGACAAAGCGUACCCGCAGUAUUACAAAAAGCCCUCGGCGGUCAAGCGCAUGCCAGCCAUGCUCACAGGACUCUGUCAAGGCUGUGGCACCCACCAGAUGGUGUUUAGCAGUGACCCCCACCAGAGCUACCUCCCUGUACGGUUCCAGUCACCCGGUAAAGUAGAAACACAGCGUGGAGAUCCAUCUGUUAUUUCUGUCAAUGGUACAGACUUCACCUUCCGGAGUGCAGGCAUUCUCAUCCUUGUUGUGGAUGCCUGCAGUGUUCCCUUCCGGUUGACAGAAAAAAAGAUGUUCCUUCCUGCAGAUGCCAGUCAGAUGGGAGAGUAUUUAAAGUCUAGCAUCCCUCCAAGGUCAAUCGUUCUGUUGAGCACAAGAGGGGAAAUAAAACAGAUGAAUAUCUCCGAUUCUUUAGUACUUCUGGGACUGGUCAAACCAGCACAUCUGUAUAGCAAAGGCAGUAUUGUAUUUUUGGGAUUCAGCGGAAACUUUAGACCAUCAUGGACUAAGCUGUUCACCAGUCCUGCUGAGCAGGGCCUGGGGGUGCUUGAGCAGUACCUCCCUUUGCAGAUGGAGGACUACGGGUGCUCCAGGGCCAGCAGUGUCCACAGAAGAGACCUCGAACUGUUACAGCAGGCUUUGAAAGUGCUUUAGAGACUUGACUGUAAUUUAAGUGCUGGGAAAGAAAAAAAAUGUGAACUAACUUAUUUAAUUUAUGGCAUUUUAAGAUGACACUGUUAACCCAAUGGAACCAUUUUCCUGUUUGAUACAAAAGGGAGAGAGAGAAAGAAUUCAAAGCAAUUGCCCGAGUGCCAGCUGGCGUACCUUGGCAUUGCCCAGACGGUAAAGAACCCUCUGUCUUCCUGAGGCUGCUGAGUUCGGAGAGCAGUUCUCUUGUCCCUCGAAUUCAUAAGGCAGUCAGCAGUGCUUCCCUUUUUAUAGAGUGGGGUGCAGGAGGGCUUCUGAGCGGCUGCUGUAGCACCUCAAUACUUGAAGUCUAAUGCUCAUUGUACAGUUGACUCCAGUGACUGACUUGGUCGGUGAUGCCCGGGGCUCAUUUGUGGGCUGCCUGUGAGGUUUUAUGUGAUGCUAGAUACCAUUUUAAGUGGCAACUCAGGCCCAGCACAUGCCCUUCUUGCUCGGACAUGUACUCUUUAUAUUCACUUGUGUAUUGGUUAUCUUUGAGGGUUCACCUUUCUAAGAGGGAACCAUAUUUGGACAAAGGGCUUUUGAAAUCUUUUUGAUCUGUGACCAUUGAGCGGAAAAACAAACCAUUACUUGCCCCCAAGUCUGGUGGGCUUUGCAGCUUUAAUCCUUAACCUGUCUUGAUUGUAUAUUUGUAUUUAAAAUGCAGACCUGAACUGACUUGUCUUUAAAAGAAGCAAGCCACUUCCCAAACUGUAAACCCUGCCAUUUUAACUUGCAAAGGGGAGCCAGGUAUGGUGCCACAUGCCUUCACUCCCAGCUUUCCAGAGGCAAACCAGUCUCUUAAGUUGAGGCCAGCCUGGUCUACAUAGUGGGUUCCAGGACAGCCAUGGCUACUUAGAGAAACCAUGUCUAAAACAACCCCCGCCCCCCAAUUAACUUACAAAAAGAAACCUGUCCUUGGUUUUGAUCUUGUACCUGUGUUUUGUUGUGUGGGUUUUUUUUUUCUUUUUAAGUGUCUCUGCUCAUCAUCCUACCAGAAAAUCCCAGAGAGCUUACUGCUUCUCCAUAAAUAUUGUAUCCAAGGGGAGGAAGGAGACACCUUUUUAGGUCUUACAAUCAUGGAGACGACAUGAACCUCUUUGUAGCCUUAAAAAGAGGAGCCUCUCCUAGUGAAUGUAGUUUUCAAACACAAGAAGAAGGGAUACCAUGAUGUCCAGUGCCCCAGCCGGUGGGGACACAAUGUGGCAAAUGAGGCUGGCCUUGCAGACAAGGAAGAUGCAUCAGAAUGCUGCUGCGCUGCAUGAAGGCGGGUGGAUGAGCAUCCAGGCACGUCCCCCGCUGCUGACAUUAGCAUCCAGGCACGUCCCGCUGACAUUAGCAGUGAAUAUGGACAAGCUCAUCUUCCUGUGUGAAGGGCCAAGGCUGAUGCCUGUACUUUGUGUCUCUGUGACUUGUUUUCCUUUCCUGAACAUGCUACCUCAAAGUGCUGUGACAAACCAUGCCGACUGUCAGUGCUCACAGGAGGGGCACAUGUCUUAAUCAAAGUCUGCUGAUUUGUUUGUUUGGGUUUUUUCAGAUGUGGGUUUCUGUUUGUUUCUUCUUCUUUUUUUUUUUUGUACAGUGAGAUCUUACCUAUGAAAUCUAUUACCGGGUAAUGGUUCCUGAAGGUGAUUGAAUUGUGUGUGGGAAUGUGUGUGUGUGUGUGUGUGUGUGUGUGUGUGUGUGUGUGUGUGUGUGUGUGUUAUAUUAUGACUUAAGUAUAUUUGAUGUGUGCUUUUUUAGAGUUCAGGUUUUUUAAAAAAAUAUUUGGUGAGGGUAUGCAAGUGUCAAGGCACUCAGUUUUUCUGAUGUAUGUACUAAUAAUUAGGGCCUAAGUUAAAUAAAUAAAAAUGCGUGUGCAUGUA